AUGCAAGUAACAUUAUGUAAUGACUCGGAAGAUUUAUUAUCUAAAGCUAUAAAAGAAUUACAAAGUUAUAGUUUGCACACUCGAUCAUGGGCAUUAACACAAGAUGAAAUUACAUACCUUUUAAAACAACCACAACUAAACAAACCUUCGAAAAUUAAAAGUAAAGUUCGUAAGCAAUGUUUUCAAAUUAAAGAUUAUCUCAAUGGUCUCGUUAGUUCAACUCCCAACUCUGUCGUAGAGAUCUUAAUAAUUUAUAAAAAUGGUAUAUGGCGUGUGAAAGUGAGAGGAUUCAAGGACCAUGUAGACAAUGCUGUAUCCAAAAUACAGAACUGGCUAAAUGAUAAUAUUGAAACUGAAGUACAACUUUCUAUUUCAAAAGUUAUGGCAGUUUUUCUCCGAACAAAAGCUUCGUCUGAUAUAAAAAAAAUGGAAAAAAUUGAUGGUAUAAAAAUAACAAUCAUGUCAGCUGCUUGUCGAAAACAUACGAAUGACGAACAAACUGAUAACAAUGAUUGUUUGAAACUCAGUGGUUCUUAUUCACGCAUUAGUUCCGCACGAAAAAAAGUGGAAGAUUUUCUCGAAGGUUUAUUCGAACAAGAAAAACAGUUUCCUUGUCCGAGUUGGGACGUUUCAAAGAACAUUUCCCAAAGUCUUCGUACAUGUCUGAAAAAAUUACAAGAUUCAGAUGAUUGUGAAGCAAUAGGAUGGCUCAAAACCUAUACAGCGACUGAAAGAAGAGAUACUACACCAAGAGUUACUAUAUCAAUAGUUGGGCUGAACGAAGAAGCAGUUGAAGAUGUCACUGAACAAUGCCAAGUUAUUGUAGACGGAUAUGUUAUUUGGAAGCCAUCUACAGAUGAGUUUCGCGCGAUAUUUAAUGCGUUAAUAGUGAAAAAGUCGCCGUUUAUUGAUGAAUUUCGACAACAAUGGGAAACUGAUAUACAAUUAGAUCGAGUUACGAACACUAUCACUAUUCCUGCACGAUCGAAAAUGAUAGCAGAUGAUAUCAAGGAAGCUCUACUAAGUUUGGGAGAAGAAAAAAAACCUCGAGUGACUCGUAUAUCUGAAUUUAUUCCUAUUCAACCUAAUAUUCGUCGUUUUGUCAACCAAGCUAUUAGUUCCUUGCUUGAUGAAGCAAAAACUCAAAAAGUUUUUGUAGAAGCUAAAAAUUCUACUGGAUUGAAACUGCAUGGUCUUUCUGAUAUUGUUACGGAACUCAAACAAAAGAUCAAUUCCAUUAUCAAUGAAAUUAAACAAAAUAUCACUACGAGUCGUUUGCAAUUAUCUUCAACUGAGUCAGACUUAUUUCGAGGCGAUGCAUAUAAACUAGCAAAAAGUAUUGAACGAGAAACGAAUACUAUUAUUCGAGAUGUUGCAGCAGAUAAAACGAAUUCUACAUCAAAGACCAAUGAGAAUGAUACCAAUUCGGUCGUAACUGUUGUGGUAAACAGUCGAGGUCAAACAAUUGUCGUAGAGAAAGGUGAUAUCACCAAGGUAAAAAAUGUCGAUGUGAUUGUGAAUGCAGCGAAUGGACCAUUGUAUCAUGCAGGUGGCGUAGAUAAAGCAAUUGCUGAUGCUGCUGGUCCCGCACUAGAUCAAGAGUGUAGACAAAUAAUUGCUAAGAAUGGAGGUUUACCCAUUUCUGCUGGUAAAGCAGUCAAGACAACAGCUGGCAAUCUUCCUUCCAAAUGUGUUAUUCAUGCAAUUGGUCCUCAGUAUAUUGAUGGUGAUAAACAAGAACGUCCGUUAUUAUUUUCUAGUGUCUUAUCUAGUUUGAGACUUGCUGAAGGUGAAAGUUUUACAAGUGUUGCUUUACCAGCCAUUAGCUCUAAAACUUAUGGCUUUCCAUUAGCAGAUUGUACAAAUAUUGUGGUCCGCGCAGUAAAACAAUUUUUUGCUGAUUAUCCACAAUCACAUGUGAAAAAAGUUAUUUUAUUAGACAUGGAUGAUGCAGCUUGUAAUUCAUUUGCACGUGAAGUUGUUAUCGAUCAUAGAAAUGCACUUAUAGACGAUGAUGAUAUUAGCAACUACGAAUUGCCUCCAUUAACAGCUAAAUGGUGUUGGCAAGAUGGUAAUGGCGAAAAAAUUUAUGAUGAAAAUCAUACACGUCAAAUUGAGACUGCGUUUCAAGAUUACCUCAAAACUUCCGCCAAAUCGGUAUUAAUAAUUUCUGCAGAUAAUUUAAAAAGUGGUGUUAUCGUUAAUUACAGUAUUCAUUUUCUUCCGAAUUUGAAGCAAAUGUUGACAAGCAAUCCAAGUGCACUCAAUAGUCGCAUUGUGUGUGGACAUCAAAUGAGAGAAAAUACUGGCUAUAAACGAGAUAUCAUUCGCUAUCCCAUUACACAACAAGCGAAAUCUAUACCCGUUACAUAUCAUCCCAAACCAUUAGACCUAUAUGAUUUGAAAUUAGUGACGACAAAAGUCUAUUGGGAUAUAAUUGGUAUCACCAAUGCAGCUAUGCAAAAAGCUGAAGCAGCAAUUCGGAAAGCAAUCGAUUCUGCCACGAUUUCAGAGCCUUUCUCCAUAACUCUGAAUAAACACUUUGAUACUCAUAAGAAAGAACUCAUCAAAAUUGCAACUCAACAGCAAAUUAAAAUUGAUUUUCAGCAAGAGUGCUCAGGACAACUAUCAAUGGUAUUAAAAGGUUUAAAACCAAAUGUAGCAGAAUCAAAAUUAAAAAUUACUUCAUACGCUCUAGAUACCUUGAAAAUGCAAGUAGAUAACGAUCAGAUAAUAUGCAUACCUAAAAAAUGGGGUGAUCAAACGGAAGGAUGCACAUUAGUUGAAAUUCCCCGGAAUGAUUCUGACUUUGCUCGCAUUGAAAAUCGUAUGAAAGAAACUAUGACUAAUGUGAAAAUUGAUAAAAUAGAACGAGUACAAAAUAUACGCAUGUGGAGACAUUAUGCAUUUCGUCAUCUUGAACUUAAAAAAGAACUGAGUCACAUGCCUAAUUUACAAAUCGAAAUGGAGCUAUUUCAUGGAACAAGAACAACACCACCCAGUGAAAUUUACCAUGGUGAAUAUGGUUUCGAUAUGACAUAUAGUACAAGUGGUAUGUGGGGUAUCGGUACAUAUUUUGCUAAAAAUGCUUCAUAUUCGUGUAAUGGCUAUGAUUAUAAAUUACCAAAUGGUAAAAGGCAAGUGUUUUUAGCCCAAGUGCUGACAGGAGAUAUAUAUGAUUGCAAGAGUGAUUCAACUUUGCGUCGACCUCCAAAAAAAAAUGAGACGAAAUCUGGUCUACGAUAUAAUAGUGUAUCAGGUGAUACAGGUGGCAGUAAAGUUUACAUUGUUUACGAAAAUCGUGUGGCUUAUCCUACUUAUUUGAUUACGUUUACCGUCUAG